AUGUGUUCCCUUCUGCUGAGAUCAGUAGUCAGAUGCAGCUCGUCUCGUUUGUUGAAGACGACGCGGAGUGUUUCGUAUGUGCUAGGAAUCGAGACCAGCUGUGACGAUACGGCUGCGGCAGUGUUGACUGAAGACGGUCGGGUAUUGAGCAGCAUCGUCUCGUCCCAGUGGGAGCUCAAUGCUGCGUGGAAAGGGAUUGUGCCAGCGCUGGCAGCUCGAGCGCAUGCUGACAACCUGCCGCACGUGAUCAACGCUGCUAUAGAGCAGAGCGGACUGAAGAGUGUGCAUCAAUUGGCUGCUGUGGCAGUGACUUCAGGUCCAGGACUUGCACCAUGUCUUGACGUGGGGUUGCAGACAGCACGACGGAUCUGUCUUGAGAACCCGGACAUUGUGUUCUUGCAGAUCAAUCACCUGGAGGCUCAUGUCCUCGUGUCGAGACUACCCCAACUCGCGAUAUCUCGACCAGAGUUUCCAUUCGUCGUGCUGCUUGUGUCUGGAGGUCAUUGCUGCCUUGUCUUGGCAAGAGGUCUGGGCGACUACGAGCUUCUAGGCAAGACGGUCGAUGAUUCCAUUGGUGAAGCGUAUGAUAAGGUGGCUCGGAUGCUGGAGAUCACUUUGUCAAAUGGCCAAAAUAUUCACGGAGGCAAACUGGUUGAGGACAUGGCCCGGCGUGGCAACGACUGUGCUUUUCCAUUCACUGAGCCAAUGAUGCAUCGAAAAGAUUGCGACUUCUCCUACUCUGGAAUCAAGACUGCCAUGCUUCGGGAAGUUACGAAGCUCGGUGAGAUCGAUGACAAGACAAAAGAAGACCUCUGCUCUUCGUUUCAACGAAGAGCAGUCGAUCACUUGGUCACACGAACGCGUCGAGCGUGUCUGUGGAGCAAAGAACGCGUGGGAGACAAUCUUUCCACUCUUGUCGUAUGUGGUGGUGUGGCGUCGAACGAGUAUCUCCGUCGCCGCCUGCAGAUGGCAGCAGAGACAGAAGGGCUCGUGGCAGUCCUCCCUCCAGCCAAGUAUUGCACUGACAAUGCCGUCAUGGUUGCAUAUGCAGGGCUUGAGCGAUACGCCGCGGGUAUGCGCAGUGACGUCGAGACUGCACGCUACCAGCCACGAUGGCCGCUUGAGACACUGCGUCCGAUGUAG